AUGGCGAUUCGAUGCAAAUUCUGCAACCGUGUCGGGCACAUUGAUAUUGUUCCGGACAGUGUUACACCGUACAACGCUGAGGAUUCUGGCGAGUUUAAAACGAUCGUCACAUUCGAAUGCCGUGGAGUAGACCUACUCUCCUUUUCCCCUCGCAUCGGCUGGUCAGCUGACAGCUCAAAGAGUGAGACAAAAUUUGCGAACAUUUCGUUGGCAAACAUGAACUGGUGCGAUUAUGACGUGGAAGGCAGCUGCGAAGUCAGCAUCCUCGAUGUUGAAAGCCGUUUUAUCAAACUGAAGCAUUGA